AUGUCAGAAUCAACAAUGAUAUCUUCAGCCGUCCUCAUCCCCGAGGAACCACGGCCGGAACAAGAACAGCAGAACGGCUCGCUGAAACGACGUCAGUCGUCCGCCUCUCAGAGCUCAGAUUCAAACAAGCGCCCUCGACUCGACACGCAGAAAUCCAACGCAUCGAACGAUGGCGAAGUAUUCCCUGCCGCCGCAUCCUCCCCAACCACAGACAGGAGUGCGCCAAGGCCCCCAAGUGCAAUGUCACCCCCUGCACCACGCCGCCGGCAGACCUCUGGCCUCGAGCAAGACAAGUCGCGCAACCGGCGCCUGUUUGGCGCAUUACUAGGCACCCUCUCUCAGUCCUCCCAACCUUCAAACACGUCGACGGGCGUAGUCAGUUCGCGCCGCGAAGAGAUUGAGUUCCGACAAAGGGAACGGCUAAAGCGUGAAUCGCAUGAGAUCGCCGAAUCCGCGCGCCAAAAACGGGAGGAAUUGAACCGCGCACGGCGAAAAGAACAGCUCCAGUGGGACGAAGAAGCCAUGCGAAUGCGGCAUAGGAACAUGCGCGCCAUGGCUGGGUUCCUGCAGACGAAGGCUGAACCAAAGUUGUACUACAAACCCUGGGAAUUACGCGACAUGGAAAUCGAACGAAUCAAGCAGCAGAUGGUAGAUGUGGAAGCGAAAAUCGAGCGCGAAGUCGAAGUUUUCGAAGAAAAGAAGCGAAAACGACAACAGGACGAUAUUGCAGAUGGAUCGAAUGGAGAAAAGGAUAGGAAAGAGCUACCGCCGAGUCCGACGACGAGUCGCGGUGGUGCAAUGGAUGUUGACGAGGGCCGCCAAUCUGGAGACGAAAAGCCGCACGAGAAGACGGGAGGCCCGGACGUCGAAACCCAGAGUCACGACCACAGUAUCGACGAUAAGAUGAACGUUGACCGGCCUGUGCCCGAGGAAACUCUUCGAUCAUCCAACGACGAUCAGGAGCCUGCAAAGCAGGCUGAAGCGGGAAGGCCAACGAGCAGCAAUAAAAGUGACGAGCAUGACCACGGCGGCGAGGAGCUUGAACGGGGACAAGAGGAUGAUGUUAUCUACUGA